GGCCGACUAAACCAGCUGUAAAUUUAAAAUUCUAAUUAGAGUGCGAACCAAAGCGGAAAUUUCUUCGCCUAAUCUUUGACAAAAGCACUGAAGGAGAGAGCUUCAUGGAUGGCGGCCAUAAAAACCUUUUCUUAAAGAUCUAUUCGUGAGUAACGACGAGGUUUUUGACCUUAGUUUUCAGAGAUAUAGUUCAUGAGUUUGAAAUAUAAGGGUCUUCGAGAUCAACCCACGAUGUGGCAAAAACUCAAACGAGCUCUUUGUAAUUUUGUGCCACGAAAAUACGACGACGAGAAGCCAGAUAAAGAGACAACUUCUGCUCUUAACAUUGUUUGCUUUCUGGUUUUCGGGACGUUGUCUUUUUUCAACCAAGAAAUGUUACUGACCGCUGCUGAGGAUAUAUUGAGCGGUAACAAGGUUCCAACGGCUGCGGUUCUUGUCACUUUCGUCACUCCGCUGAUGGCCGUCAAGAUUUUCUUUCCCUGGUUCAUCCAAAAAAUUCCAUAUUGGUUUAAAAUCCUGGUGAUUAUGCUUUUCAUGAUGUCAGGGAUCUUGAUCAUCGCCUACGCGGAUGAUAUCCGUUUAAAGAUGUUUGGGAUCGCGCUGAAUGCGAUGGCUACCGGAGCAAGUGAACUAGUACUGCUGUCACUAACAGCGUUCUAUCCACAAAUUUGUAUCAGUUCCUACGUUGCUGGUACCGGUAUAUCUUCUCUUGUUGCGCCCUUAUACUACACAGGUGUGACGACUUGGAACUGUGUCUCGCCAAGAACAGCCAUCUUGAUUACAGCCCCAUGGUCUAUAUUGUACUUGAUCUUUUAUGCCAUGCUGGACAAGGAGCCUGUCCAUGAAGCUGCUGCAUCCCUACAGAACCUAAACACUCGUGUAUCCUACGAGAAGAUUAAAGAGUCUGACGGCGAGAACAGCGAUGAGGAUGAGGUCGAACAUUUCUCAAAAGAUCGCGCCAUCAAGAAGAAAUCAACGUCUCUAGGAUGCAACGAGAAAAUGAAUGUGUCGUGGAAACUAGUGCCCUUCAUCGUUCCUCUGGCCCUUAGCUUCUUCGCCGAAUAUCUUGUUAACUCGUCUGUGGUGACCACCAUUUCAUUUCCCAAAAGCGGCAUUGCACCCAGAGACCAUUACCAGUACUACAGCCUGGCCUACAGAAUUGGCAAAUUCGUUGGAAGGUCCUAUCUCUUCCUCUUUUCUUUUCUGGUCGAUGUGUCCUCCCUCCUAAAAUGUAGACAUACCUGGAUCUUCGCUCUGAUCAACCUCUUGCAGCUCAUGUUGUUCCUGUUCGAGUCAUGGUACCACUUCCUUCCUGGCCUUUGGCUGGCCAUUGUCUUGUGCUCUACUGUUGGCCUUGUGUCUGGCCUCAUCGUCCUUCACUCGCCUCAUUCUGUCGCCUCAGUUCUAGCCCCCGAAGAACUAGAGUUCGGGUUUGGUCUUCUAACGGUUGGUAACGCUGUUGGUGGAUUCAUUGCAGGACUCGUGGGCUUAGCUGUAGAACCGUACUUGAGGAAAGAGUGCGUGUUGCACUUCGCUUCUCAGAAAGAGUUCUGUUUUACAAGGCAAAGGAACGCUACAGGAUGGACCUCGAAUUUACACUGCUAAUCUACAAGCGCCACAUAAGUAUUACUAGAUCAAUACUUCAGUUUUGAGUUCUCUUUGCUCAGCCUUAGUCUCGGUUGUGUGUGAUAAUAUUCAGCUAUUCAACCAAAACCCGUCACAUUUUAAUCAACUCGUAUUGUUCCGUAGUUCAUACAUUUUUUUUCUCUGCAAUGGACCUUAUAAUGAAAGAAAAGACCACACUUGUAGACAAUCGAGGAGAAGACUGAGCAAAGGCGAACUAGAUAUUGGAGUAUUCUGUUAGGCCCUGGCUAAACGAGGAAACAUGUUUCCCUAAAUGUUCCCUAAGGUGGCAAAACUGUCAGGAAACAUCGGGAAACAAUGUUUCCAUGCGUCUUGGAAACAUAAAAUGUUUCUGCCGCA